CUCAUAUACAGAAUCCCAAGUGAAGAGAAACUCUCACUCCUAAACCUACGAACUGAUCAAUCAAAUAAAUAUCAAAGUAACCUAGAGCAACUAAAACGGCCUAGAACCCCCUAUGUAUCAGUAUAAAUAGCAGCUUCAACCUACGCCUUCUUUCAUUAACCAGCUCUCGGUAUAUAUAUAUAUAUAUAUAUAUACAUACGUAUAUAUAUGUAUAUAUAUAUGCAAACUUUUGAACCCAGUAUUAUACUAAAUAACGAGCCUUGAAAACACUUCUAAAACCUUCCCCUUCGUGAGAGGAAUCUAGCGGUGAAAGAAUCGUGGAAAACGAAUGUCGGAGCAGGGAGAAAUAGCCUCGCCGAAGCUCGCCGGAGUGGCCGCCGGACUGGUGUUACAGAGUAAAUUCUGCUGCCGCCUCCAGCCAACUUCCGACCACCUCCGCACAAAUCUCUUUUCCACCCGUAUGUUUUCGAUAAGGUGAAUACUUAGAGACCGGAAUUGAGGAAGAGAAUUAGGAGGAGCAGGACUUAAGGUUGAACAAAGUGUAUGAAUGCAGUGACAAUAAAUAGUUAAAAAGGCUCUAUAGUCAUAAGGAAAAGUGGUGUCCUGCAUUUUCAAAGGAUUAUUUCUCUGGCGGCGUUCUAUCCUCCCAAAGAAGUGAAUCUACAAAUAGAUCCAUAUCCAGAAGACUCUCAAAAACUGCAACAUUGUGUGUCUUUUACAAAAUGUUUGGUGAUGUCGUUGAUGAGUGGAGGUCAGAGGAAAAUGGUCAAGAUUUCAGAUGUUUAGAAGGCACCAUUGAGAUGAUACUGCUGCAAGAAAGUAUUUUGUCACAUGCUAGAGAUGUGUACACCCUUGAGAUAUUCAAACUGUUCCAGGAACAAUAUUUGAAGGGUAUGUCACACUUUUUUAAAUUAAUGACACAGAAUUGUCAUGAUUAUGUGUAUCAUGUUUGGUUGAACGGUGUAGAUUUGAUUAGGCACAACGUUACUUUUAUUGGAAAUGACAACACAGUGACAUACAUUUGUAAGAUGUUUUCAGAAGUUGACAUUUUGUGUAGACACAUAUUGCGUAUAUAUAACAUCCAUUGUGUGAAAUGUAUUCCCCAAGUUUAUAUACUCCCCAGAUGGACAAAAGCUGCUAUUUUGCAACAUGUUAGUCCUCCUUUUACUCAAGGAAGAGAUCUUAUGUGUGGGAAAAUAAUUGAAGAUUCUAUUUGGAGAGUGCAAAUGACUAGAAAAUUCAAUACCAUAUUGGGUGCAAGUGCUGGUCUACCUGAAGCUAGGCAAGUAUGUGAGGAAGGGUAUAAAUCUAUCAAACAGUUUUUAGAUAUUCAAAAGAAUGUUUCUGGUGUAGAUGAAUUGAGUUCUGAUCCAAGGACAAUACUUGAUCCUCCACGUUCUCGUCAUAAAGGUCAGCGAAAUACACGGAAGAGAAGCAUCGUUGAAAAACAGUGCAAAAUAGUCAAAGGUCGACGUUCUAAAUCUCAAAACGUUGCAAGUAAUUCAAAAGCAGUUGCACAAUCUGUUGUUCAGAGAUUUGUUUCAAAAAAAAAACUUCGUCGAACUUGCUUGAUUCAGAAGAAAUGUAGAGCGAGACUUUUUCAGAAAGUAAACUUUUGGAUUUCGAAGAGGCGUAAAUGUAAAACAUCGGGAGUUGAGAGCAUAACCGCUGGAGGGAAAAGGUGGGAGAAAGGAUCCGUUGGUUUGUGUGCGCAUUUUUUUAAUUAAAUGCUUUAAUGUAAUGCUACGUCGUUUUUGUCGCGGGAGUAGGAUGCUGAAUAUGGGCCGUUCCCACGAUAUACGAACUGUUUUUUUGUGUAAUUCACAUCCCCACUAAAGAUGUUCUUAUUUAUUUUUUUUUGGAUAAAAUG